UAUAGUCAUCCUGUACCUUUGGACUUGGAGGCUUGGAAGGGAAGGGAGGUUGAGAAACGGUUGUUGACCGUCACUCAAAGUGGCGCGGUGGCACCAUACUUUUGAUGCAGAUCUUCGGCUUAAGACGACGGAGGUACUAAACUCACAUCUCGCUAUCUCCUUUGUGGUUCUUAGGAUCGGAUUCUGAAUCAAGGUCGUUUCCGAUUGAAGCUGCAAAUGAAUGAUUCCCAGUUUUGUUUGUGAUUAUGGAAAGUAACAAAGACGAAGCCGUAAAGUGUGUUUCCAUUGCCAAGGAAGCAAUUGCUGCAGGGAAUAAGCAGCGUGCGCUCAAAUUCAUUGGUAUUGCUCGUCGUCUUAAUCAUAAUUUGUCUGUUGAUGAUCUUCUGUCUGCAUGUGAAGACCUAGAUUCAGCUUCUUCCAGAAAUGAAAAACCCAUUAGUAGGUCGAAGUCCGAACCAGCUUCCUCCAUUGUUGAUGAAAUCUCGAAUGUGGGAAGGAGUUAUACUGAGGAACAUGUGCAAUUAAUCAGGCAGGUCAACAGGAGUAUGGGUUACUAUGAAAUCCUUGGAGUGGAGAAGAAUUGUUCAGCAGAUGAAAUCAAGAAGGCUUACAGGAAACUAUCUCUGAAAGUUCAUCCAGACAAGAACAAGGCACCUGGAUCAGAGGAAGCCUUUAAAAAAGUUGGAAAGGCGUUCAAGUGUUUGAGUGUCGAAGAUUCAAGAAGACAGUACGAUCAGACAGGUUUAGUGGAUGAGUUUGAAAACAAUCAGCAAACAAACAAUGUAAGGAGGCGUAGGAGGAGAACAGGGAAUGACUUUUUCGACGAUGAUUUUGAUCCAGAUGAGAUAUUCAGGACAUUUUUCGGUCAGAGUGAUGUGUUUGGUUCGGCUCGUGGUGUUUAUAGAACUAGAAGAAGAACAACAAGAACAAAUCAACAUCAGAGGGGGGAUAAUGAGGGUGGUGGAGUUGGACCAAUGUUGAUUAUUCUUCAGAUUAUUCCUUUUAUGUUGAUAAUCUUGCUUGCUUACCUUCCUUUCACAGAACCUGAUUAUUCUCUACAAAAGAACCAAUCUUUUCAGCUCCCCAUGAUGACCGAGAAACAUGAUGUGGAGUUUUUCGUUAAGUCGCAGGAAUUUGACCAAAAGUUUCCUCCAGGAAGUUCUGCUCGAGCUGAGAUUGAAACUAAUGUGAUAAAAGACUACAAAAAUAUGUUGAGCCGCUACUGUCAUAUAGAACUACAGAGGCGGCAGUGGAGCAGAAAUUUUCCGACUCCUUAUUGCAACAAGUUACAGUCCUUUGGAGUAGCAGCAGCAUCAUGAAGGUUGUUUCUUUUAUACAAAAUCAUCGUUUGGACUCAUUCGUGUUGUUUUCUACCUAUUUUUUCAUCAGACGGAGUCAGUCUACAGACCUAUAUGGUGCAUAUUCUGAUCUUUGAUGAGUUAUGACUUUUAAGUGUAUUUCUUUCUAUCUUGAAAUGUUUAAAUUUUGUGAGAAUUUUAUUUUGUUAAAGGAGACAGUUUUAGCUUUCAAUAAUAUUAUCUUCAAGUUUGUAAACUGGUUAGAGAUUUAUACUUGUUCUUGUAAUAUAUACUUUCAAAUUAAUUAAAUCAACCAAAACAAGAGAAGAUAUUUUUCAUUUG